CAGCUUAUGUGAAGUACGUGUAUAUAAAAAUAAAUUAUAUUGUCGCCGACUUUAUGCAAUAAGAGUGCUGGAUGUGUGUGAAUGUCGUGAAAGACAAGCAGUUGUAAUCGGAGUACUCAAUUUGAAUAUGUCGUUUACAGAUAUGCGGAAGCAGGCUCGACAGCUGGAAAAUGAGAUUGACCUGAAACUUGUGUCAUUCAGUAAAUUAGGCACAGGUCAUGGGCCAAUAGGGUACAAGUCUGACAGUACUGACACUGUUCCAUUGCUGAGUGGUGAGCACAUGUUUGAAACGAUGGCUCUUGAAAUUGAACAACUUUUGGCCAAGUUAUCUGUGCUUAAUGAGAGACUUGGUGAGAUCUCAUCGACACAGGCCGCUCCGCCAAGCUCAGCACUACAGCACACAUUGCAGCGUCACCAGGAGAUUUUGCAAGAUUACACGCAAGAGUUCCGAAAGACUCAGGCCAAUUACAGGGCACGCAGAGAGAGGGAAGACCUUCUCAAUACUGUCCGUAAAGAUAUUGACAACUACAAGACUUCAUCAGGGUUAAACAGAAGGAUGGAUAUGUAUUUGAAAGAAAAUGAACAUGUUCGAAGUUCUGACCGGCUACUGGAUGAACAGAUCAACAUUGCUGUAGACACCAGAGAUCACCUUGUGUCUCAGCGUCUCACAUUUAAACGCUUACAGACCAAGAUUAACGACAUCUCUAAUAGAUUUCCUGUUGUCAAUAGUUUGCUUCAAAGAAUUAACAUUCGCAAACGAAGGGAUUCUAUUAUUCUUGGCCUCGUUGUAGGAGUUUGUACGGUAUUGCUCCUGAUGUAUGCAUUCCAUUAGAACCAUCAUGGCUGUGCCUGUAUCCAGGUUCUGAACAAGACCAGAAUCGAAUCUGAGCCCUGGAAUAAGUUUGCAGCAUCCUUUAUGAAUGGCUAUUGAAUCGGUUGGAUCCGGUUUUGUGUUCCAGUUUCCUUCCUGUUGUGUUCCACCAAGAACCACAUACUCUUCACUGGCACAACAGAACAGAACACGUAACGCGUGUAUAUACAUAUAUAUUUGGAUAUAUGCAUAUGUGUAUGUUACUAUUAUGUCAUUUCAGAAUGUCAUUUUUGUCUUACCUUAUCUAAUAAUACUUAGUAACAUAAUUUAAGUUAAAUGUUGAAAAGUUAUCAUGUAAAGAUCAAGUUAUGCUUCUUGGUUUUAUGUUUAUAUGCGUAAAUAUAUCUAAAACAUUUUAAUCUUCAUUUAUUAGGCAUCCAUAUUUGACAAUGGUCUAUAUUGUCCCAACGCUGCAUACACCUAGUAUAGACUUACUUUGGUAUAAUGUAAUUUCCUUCGUCUUUGUCUUCUAAAACUGCGUGGAACACCCAUGGUGCUUUCACCUGAAUAUAUGCAAAAGUAGUUCUGUUAGUUCUUUAUUCAUGUAUUAUUUUUUCCAACCUCAGUAGCAGCAAAUGGGUGUUGAGUUUAUAGUAUUUCAUGGACUGUUGUGAGGAUGGAUUGACUUUCUUAUGAACAUAUUAGCAUGCAGAGAAGUAUGUUCAUGAGCCUACUGCACUUCUAGAACCUUUUGAUGCUAUAUAGUCUAAACUACUGAAAAAGCAUCAUCAAAUAAACUAUAAAUAAAUUAUAGAAUCUUGUUUAACUUCCUUGA